CCACAUUCUGGAGGUCCGUGGCGCAGGUUCACGCAAUGGCUCGACCGUUGGCCCGGUGUGUACGUCUUCUCCGGCAUCAUGGCCCUCAACAUCGCAGUCUUUUCCGGAUGGUGUUAUGGUUCCAUAAAGAGCGCCUUUGAAGGCAAUCACAAACUCACCGUCUGGAUGUUUGACAACUUCACCGUCAGCAUGCGGUCCAUCACCGAGGGCAGGCCAUGGACGAUCUUGACGUCGUGCUUCUCGCACAAGGACUUCAAUCACAUCCUCUUCAAUGGCCUGACUUACUACUUCAUGGCACCGACAGUCCUCCGGAUGCUCGGAAACGCGCGCUUUCUUGCGUUAUAUCUGGGUGGCGGAAUUUUGGCAAGCACCGCUAGCGCAUACUGGCAUGCUCGCCGUGGGCACAACAUCCCCGCCCUCGGCGCAAGUGGUGCGAUCUCCGCCAUCAUCGCCUUCUAUGCAUGCGUCAGGCCCACUGCGACCUUUCUCGUGUUCUACGUGAUACCGUGCCCCGCGUGGGCCGUCGUCGCCGGCCUCUUCCUGUUCGACGGCUACAGUGCAUACAAUGAGAGCAGGCCUGGCGUCGACUCGGCAGGGCAUGUAGGCGGACUGCUUGCCGGCAUGGCAUACUUCCUGCGCCUGCGCCUGCGUCGGUUCUGA